GUGUCAGAGUAGCGGUGAUUUUGCGUAGAGCAGCCCGCGAGGGGGAUGCCGCGGAAAGAGAGCGCAGCUCCCCGCCGAGAAGGACCGCUCCUCCGAGGCCUCUUUCGGCCAUGGGCCCGCGGGGCCGCCAGCGUCGGGCAGGGGCAGUCCAGAGCACCAAUGACAGCAGCGCCCUGAGCAAGAGCUCCCUCGCCGCCCGCGGGUACGUGCGGGACGCCUUCGCAGCUUUGCUGGUUUCCGGGGCCGCGCGCCGCGCGCCGCUCAUCCACCGCGGCUACUACGUCCGCGCGCGCGCCGUGCGUCACUGCGUGCGCGCCUUCCUGGACCGGACGUGCGCGGCCCCCGGCGCGCCCACCGCCCAGAUCCUGUCCCUGGGCGCUGGUUCCGAUUCGCUGUAUUUUCGCCUCAAAGCUGCGGGCCGCCUGGCGAGAGCUGCAGUCUGGGAGGUAGAUUUUCCAGACGUGGCUUGGCGCAAAGCGCAGAGGAUUCGAGACACGCCAGAACUGUGUGCGUUAACCGGGCCCUUCCAGAGCGGGGACCCAGCUUCAGCCCUGUGCUUUGAGAGCUUGGACUAUCGCAUCCUGGGCCUGGACUUGAGGCAAGUCCAGCAGUUGGAUCAGGCCCUGACCGCGGCGGGCCUUGACAUCGCUGCACCCACUCUGCUCCUGGCCGAGGCCGUGCUUACCUACCUUGAGCCGGAUCAUGCUGCGGCCCUAGUCGCCUGGGCGGCGCAGCGUUUUCCUAAUGCUCUUUUUGUCAUCUAUGAGCAGAUGAGGCCGUUUGACGCAUUUGGCCAAGUCAUGCAGCAACAUUUUCGUCAGCUCAAUUCUCCCCUACACGGCCUUGACCGCUUUCCGGACGUGGAGGCCCAGCAGCACCGCUUCCUUCAGGCUGGCUGGACUACCUGCACUGCCAUGGACCUGAACAAAUUCUAUAGUUGCUUUCUAUCCGCGGAAGAACGCCAACGCGUGGAAAAUCUUGAACCUUUUGAUGAGUUUGAGGAGUGGCAUUUGAAGUGCUCCCACUACUUCAUACUGGCCGCUUCUAGGGGAGACACACUUUCCCAAACUCUGGUGUUCCCACCCACAGAGGUGUUUCCUGGGGUAGAUCCUGCCCCACCCUCAGGGGUCUUCCCUGCCAGUUUAGUCACCAGUGACAGCCAGGGCCCAAACCUUAAGAGAUAUGGCCAUGCCUCUGUCCAUUUGCGCCCAGGCGUUAUUCUCAGUACUGGAGGAUUUGGAGAGGAGGAAGGGCGCCAUUGCCGAGUGAGCAAAUUUCACUUGCUCUCAAGAUCCUGUGAAUGGAAAAGCAACCACAUAUGUCAUUGGGGAACUGGGAAUCAAUGGGAUGGGCGCCUUUAUCACACCAUGACAAGACUAUCAGAUACUCAUGUUCUGGUACUGGGAGGGAGACUGUCCCCAGUAACUCCAGCUUUGCCAAUUCUCCAACUUUGUUUUUAUAAGAGUGAGGGCAAUAGCACUGAGGACCUAAAUGUAACAGUAACAAACACUGGCCCAGAAGAUUCCACUUUGUCAUGUUGGCGGCAUUCAACAACAGAAGUGUCGUAUGAGAGUCAGAAAUACUUAUUUGUGUAUGGUGGUCGAAGCGUAGUGAAACCUGUACAAAGUGACUGGCAUUUCCUACAUGUGGGGACAAUGACUUGGGUCAGAAUCCCCGUGGAGGGGGAAGCACCUGAAGGUCGUCAUUCCCAUAGUGCCUGCAGUUGGCAAGGUGGGGCACUUAUUGCUGGAGGUCUGGGUGCUUCUGAGGUGCCACUGAGCUCUGUGCUCUUUCUGAAACCAAUCUCUUGUGGAUUCCUCUGGGAAUCAAUAGUCAUUCAGCCUCCCAUUACUCCAAGGUACUCCCACACAGCUCAUGUGUUCAAUGGAAAUCUUCUGCUUGUUGGAGGGGUCUGGAUUCAUUCCUCCUCAAUUCCUGGAGUGACUGUUAUCAAUCUGACUACAGGAUUGAGCUCUGAGUAUCAGAUUGAUACAACAUGUGUGCCAUGGCCAUUAAUGUUACACAACCAUUCCAGUAUCCUUCUUCCCGCAGAGCAAAAACUGCUGCUCCUUGGAGGUGGUGGGAAUUGUUUUUCCUUUGGCACCUACUUCAACCCCCAUCCAGUGACAUUAGACCUUUCUUCCUUAAGUGCUGGGCAGUAAGGGGUAUACUUUUGAUAUGUUUAGUCUCUACUAAAGAAGAAAAGGUUUCCACAAAUAAGAGUUGACUCUACCUAAAGAUGCUACCCCUCCCACUAUCUCCUCCCUGCUUAAUGCUGCUACCUAGUAAGAAAGGUUGUUAAGACAUACUGACAAUCCAAAAGAUGGUACAAAAAUAAAACACAAAUAGGCCUAUCCAAAGAGAAUGGUUACACAGUACUAGAGUUGGGAUUGGAGACCUUUGGAUUUCUGUAUCUAUUGGUCUUCCUUGUGGUUUCUAAAUAAGUUUAUUCAUUUAUUGAGUUACCAUGGCCUUUAGCCUUAUUCAAGUAAAAAAAUUCCCACUCCCAGGCUUUGUGAUUCGAGAUGGUACCUUGGAAAAGAUUUCACGUAGAUCCUUUAUAAGAAUAUGAGGUUGAAUAUAGUUGAAGAGACAGUUUUCAUCUCAUUCUUCAUGGAUGAAACCUGAAAUGAACCCAUUUGCAGUUUAAUUAAAACAGUGCUAUUUAGUGCAACAGAGAACUCUGGAAUAGCUUUAACAAGACACAUUUCUAGAACUUUAUUGAAAAACAUGCUUUUGUUUCAUUUUUUGGUCAUUGGUUCCGUAUUCAUUUGGGUUUUUAUGUGCCAAUAAACCAAACAUUUGAUAUUUUAACUUUUCACAUAGUACAAUAUUUUGCUCCAGAUUAACUUCCUACCUUUUACUACACUCUGUUCCUAGAGUCUGACAUUUUUAUGGACUAUAUCAAUGAACCCUCUUGUCUAUUUUUUUGUGAGUGCUACUCAUUAGAGGCACCAGAAGUGGGUGUGUGGGCAGGCAGAGUGAAUCAAGGUAUUCCUGGCUUUCCCCUGCAGUGUGCAAGUUAGCUGUGGCUAUAUUCUGUUAGAGACCACAGGUCCUAUCAUAUCGCCCUGUCCUAAAAGAUAAUAAUUCUAAUUCUCCACCACUCUUGUCAUUGUUCCUUCCUUCAGGCCUAGAAGUUGUAACCACUGUUUACUAGACCUGAGCAAUGUCCACACUGGCUAUUAGCCACACUGGCAACCUAACAAGUGAUUUAAGUGAUUUAACAAGUGGUUUUAAAUUCUUAAUUUAAAAUUAAGAAUUCAGUGGCCCGUCACAUUAAACAUAUGGUAAGUGCUCAAUGUGGCUAAUGGCUAUGGUAUUAGACAAUGUAGACAGAACAUUUCCAUUACUAUAGAAGGAAUUACUGGACACCACUGGGUUACUUCACCCAGUGGUGAGUUGGUUUCUUAAUCGUGUCCACUCCCUUUUUUAGAAUCAGAUUUUAUAGGUUUACCAUUCACUUACAAAACUAUAUACUUUUUGGAGUACAGCUUCACACCUCUGUGCUUCACUUACCCACAACCAAAGUUCUAGUGCCAACACACUAUUACAUUGAUCCCCUUCUACCCAUCCUCCCAUCCUGCUGACUCUGUUUUGAUAUCUUUAUUAAAUUACCUUCAGUCAUCCCCAAUUAUCUUUCCUGGGAGCUUUAUUAAAUCAAUGAACUAUCUUAGGUAUUCAUCCUUGAAUUUUAACCUUAAUUUGUCAUUAAAUUGUAUAAACCUUGUGAAAUUCAUGAAGGUAGCAGCU